AUGGUAGAGGAAUUAAGUGAAGAUCUACCCCAGGAGGUUACCAGCACCCUGGAGAAUCCCUCGCUGAGCAUCCACGAUCAAGUUACUCCACUCCUGAGCGUGGGUGCUCAGGCUGCCCCGCGUAUUCUGAGGGGGGGGGGGAGAAUUCCGCUCGAGACUACAACUGCUCGGGGAAAACGGAGCAACAAGACCAAGGCGAUCCCUGCCACGCUAUCCGUGAAUUUCUGCAAUAUCAGGGGACUUCACUCUAACCUAAACGCCGUCCACUACCACCUCGAGACGGCGAGGCCGGCUCUGCUCUUUCUGACCGAGACGCAGGUGUCCUCUCCGGCUGAUGUCUCGUAUCUCUCCUACCCGGGGUACAAACUGGAACACUCCUUUGUGCCUCGGGCUGGAGUUUGCGUUUACGUCAGAGAGGACAUCUGUUCUCGACGCCUCGGCAGACUUGAAGGUUCGUACCUGUCCAUCCUUUGGCUACGCGUAGACAGCGACGACCACCCGCGCAUCUACGGGUGCCUCUAUAGGUCCCAUAGCGACAACGCCGAAACAGACCGACUCUUUGACCACGUCCAAAUGGCUACGGAUUCGUUGCUACAGCAGAUCCCCUCCGCAGAGAUCGUGAUCCUCGGCGACUUUAACGCCCAUCACGCCGAAUGGCUUGGUUCGCGCUUAACCGAUCAUGCGGGGCGAUCUGUUCAUGAUUUUGCCUUGGCAUAUGGUCUGACACAACUGGUUACUUCGCCUACGCGGAUUCCAGAUGUGGAGGAUCAUGCACCUUCCCUGUUGGACUUUCUGCUGACCUCUCACCCAGACGGAUAUCAGAUUUCCGUCGACGCCUCUUUAGGCUCCUCGGACCAUUGUCUUGUCCGGAGUGUGGUGCCACUCACGCUGAAAUCGCAGUUACAUUCUGCAGGCUGCCGACGUGUUUGGCACUAUAGGUUAGCCGAUUGGGAUGGGAUGCGUUCUUUCUUUGCAUCCUACCCUUGGGGGGCGGGUUUGCUUCUCGCCGGACGAUCCCAACUUUGUUGCGGAUUCUGUCGCUGA